AUGCCCUACAACGAAACAGAGAUCAAGUGUGUGGUCGUGGGAGAUGGUGCCGUCGGCAAGACAUGUCUGGUCAAAGUCUAUGUCGAUAACAAAUUUCCAGAAGGAUAUAUCCCAACUGUUUUUGAAAAUACCUAUCUCAUUCAGGAAUAUAGAGGAUUUAAAGUAAAUCUUGGAAUAUGGGAUACAGCUGGACAGGAAGAUUACGUGGUUGAUCCAAAUCCUUUCGAAAAUGUCAGAACCAGAUGGUUGCCAGAAGUCACACAUCACUGCCCACAUGUUCCCAUUGUUUUAGCAGCCACAAAAACAGAUCUUCGUGAGGAUCCAGCUUCAUUGAAACUCCUUCAACAACGAAGUUGCAAACCUGUCACCACUCAAGAAGUUGAACAAUUUGCCAAAGAAAUUAAGGCCUUCUCAUUUCAAGAAUGUUCAAGUAAAUUGAAUAGUGGAAUUAAGGAACUUUUGAAAAGUGCAUACAAGCCGUAUUAUUUCCAAAUGAAGGAAAGGAAGGGUCUAAAAACAAGAGGAAUCAAAGAAGAAGAAGGAUUGUCUCAUGAUGUAAUUACACGAUUUUUCAAACAUAAAUCCGUAUGUUCUGAAUGA